GGUGCCUAUCAAAUGACCUUUCUUAAACCGAUUUACCGUUAUGACGCGUCAUCUAGUUGUUUCAGCAAUUUCAUUCUCAUAUGUACAGAUUUUCAUCAACCAUGAACAGUGGUGUUUCUCGUUCGGUGUUCACAAAUCCAUUUGAAACCUGCCAGAAAUAUGUUUCUUCUGCUUGAGUGUAAGCAAAUGUUUCAGAAGAAAUAUGUUUUUUACCACAAUUAAGUGAGGGCUUUGUUAAAAAAAAAGAAACAUUGUGGAGAAAGAAGUGAAAACAGAAUAAUGCUGAGCAACUGGAUUCAAAAAUGAAUCAUGAUGAAAAUGCUCACAGGGAACAUAAUUCCUUAGAAGGUUUCAUUGAAGAUCCAUAUGUUCCAACAGCUGAUGUGCAAACUCCAAGUUUUGAUGAUCCAGAUCACGAAAGUAUAUUCGUUAUACAGGAUGAGAUAUUACGUCCAACUCGUCUAGAGUUUGAUGAUCUACCAAAUUCUUUUUGUGAUAAUGAUGAUUCUUUGAAAGUAGAAGCUGAAUUUAUUAAAGUGAAUGCUCUCUUAAGGAGAGAAAAAAUAUCUGUCCGUGUUACAUAUUCAGAUCUCAGCAAACCAUGUAAAAUAAAUUUACCAACAGGCAAUUCCAAGAAAUAUUAUGAUUAUGGCACAGAAACAGCAAUGGCUGCUGGAGACCAACUGCCUGAAUUGGCCAAUUUAACCCUAGAAGAAAGGGCCAAGAAGGAGGAGGAAUGGAAACAGGAGUUAGCUCAGGUUGAUGAUGAGAUUGCAACUCUGCAGACAGUUCUCAAUGCUAAGAGGAAACGUGCUGCAGAACUGAAGAAACUUCUAGGCAUCAGUGUUCUAAAAGAGUUGUCUGAUGAUUUGAACCAAGGAAUCAAAAAUGUCAAAGAAAGUAAUGUGUAUCAAUCUGUGGAAAAUACAGUUGGUCAAGUAACAAAAGCUGUAACAGAAGCUCCCAUUUAUCAGAAGACUACUUCUCUGUUUGGUGGAUUAACUAGCAACAUCAGCACUAAGUUUGGGCAAAUGAAGCAAUCAGAUUCUUUCCGUUCUAUUGAGGAAAAAGUUGGAUCUGCUUAUGAAAAUGUCAAAACAAAAGUUGUCUCAAGAUCAAAUUCCCAGCAGAGCUUAGGAGAUGAAGGUUCAAGAUCACGCUCAGGCUCAGUAGCUACUAGUCCCACUAUUCCAGAAGAAAAACCAUUGGUCUAGACAUCGGAUUGGAAAUGAUGUAAAAACCUAAAGGCCUUUUCAGCGUUUCUUAUAUUUCUAUAACAACUAAUAUUAAUUUUUCUCAUUCUAUAGCACAUAUUCCUAGGAAACCAGGGAAUACCUUUAUUUGUCUAUUCAGACCUGUGAAUUUAUUUGUUAUUGUUUACCCUAUUGAAGUAUAUAUAACACUCUGAAGAUCUUAUGGUGGCUGAAGAAACUUAAUUGCUUCAAUUAUUUAUUAGUUUUGUACAGAAUUUAGGUUUUAAAAUCCGACUAUUAUUAAUUAUUAUAAAUGUCGUCUAUAUGAAGUUAUAUUUUUUGCAAUGAUGCUUUAAAAUGUUUAGAUUAUUGUUAUAAAUACCCAGAUGUUGAAAAAUGUAGCCAGUUCUAGUAGUUGGAACUUGAUUUUGCCUUCACCAUUCAACUGAUGGAGUAUUUAGGCAAUAAUAUAGUGAUUUAUUGUAAGUGAUGUAACUCAUAAUAAAUAUAUUGAAAUAAUCAAA